AAGUUCAUUUGUGGUAGGGGUACGCAGGAGCAAGUGAAUUUUGACUUCGCUGGUCUUCGCGACACGAAACAAUGGAUUUACAACAUUAUUAGCAAGCAGCAUUUUCGUUUAGACCGAGUUGAAGGGCGUACAGUUCUCACCGAUCUCUCGUUUAAUGGGACAUUUGUGAAUCAGAAGCUUGUGGGAAAAUUUCGUACAUAUUUGCUUGAUAAUGGAGAUGUCAUAAGUUGCGGACGUUCAGAUUUGCAUGGUAAUUUUUUUAAGCAUCGCAAGAUGGACUCGUUGGGCUCUGGUGUGGAGUCCAGAGUUAAAAAAGUGGGCUAG